AUGGGAACACCAGUGGUAACAGCAGCGGUAACAGAGGCAGCAGCAGCGGCAGCAGCAGCAGAAGCAAUGAGCUCCGCUGCGCCGUCCACCAUCCCCGCGCCCCCCAAGCUGCUGGCCAACGCGCUCGACCUCCUCGACGCGGCGUCGCGGCUCAUCACGGACGUGCGCAGCGGCGUGGACGUGCUUAUAGAGGGGGUUGUGACCGCCGCGGAAACAGGCGGGGAGGGAUGGGAAGGCUACGAAGAGGGCGCGGGCGGGGCGGCGGAGGUGAUGGGGGAAGUGGAGCGGCGGAUGCGCGGGGCCGUGGCGCGGCUGCAGGCCGUUGGUGAGGGGGGCACCAUCCUCACCCCACCCCACCACCCUGCACGCCUCGUGUCCUCCCCAUGUGCUCCCUUUCCCCAACGCCACCCCACGUCAUGCGCUCCACUCAUGUGCUCAUCUCAUGUACUCCUCUCAUGUGCUCCACUCAUGUGCUCCACUCAUGUGCUCCACUCAUGUGCUCCACUCAUGUGCUCCACUCAUGUGCUCCACUCAUGUGCUCCACUCAUGUGCUCCACUCAUGUGCUCCACUCAUGUGCUCCACUCAUGUGCUCCACUCAUGUGCUCCACUCAUGUGCUCCUCUCAUGUGCUCCUUUCAUGUGCUCCACUCAUGUGCUCCACUCAUGUGCUCCACUCAUGUGCUCCACUCAUGUGCUCCACUCAUGUGCUCCACUCAUGUGCUCCACUCAUGUGCUCCACUCAUGUGCUCCACUCAUGUGCUCCUCUCAUGUGCUCCACUCAUGAGCUCCUCCACUCAUGUGCUCCACUCAUGUGCUCCACUCAUGUGCUCCACUCAUGUGCUCCACUCAUGUGCUCCACUCAUGUGCUCCACUCAUGUGCUCCACUCAUGUGCUCCACUCAUGUGCUCCACUCAUGUGCUCCACUCAUGUGCUCCACUCAUGUGCUCCACUCAUGUGCUCCACUCAUGUGCUCCACUCAUGUGCUCCACUCAUGUGCUCCACUCAUGUGCUCCACUCAUGUGCUCCACUCAUGUGCUCCACUCAUGUGCUCCACUCAUGUGCUCCACUCAUGUGCUCCACUCAUGUGCUCCUCUCAUGUGCUCCACUCAUGAGCUCCUCCACUCAUGUGCUCCACUCAUGUGCUCCACUCAUGUGCUCCACUCAUGUGCUCCACUCAUGUGCUCCACUCAUGUGCUCCACUCAUGUGCUCCACUCAUGUGCUCCACUCAUGUGCUCCACUCAUGUGCUCCACUCAUGUGCUCCACUCAUGUGCUCCACUCAUGUGCUCCACUCAUGUGCUCCACUCAUGUGCUCCACUCAUGUGCUCCACUCAUGUGCUCCACUCAUGUGCUCCACUCAUGUGCUCCACUCAUGUGCUCCACUCAUGUGCUCCACUCAUGUGCUCCACUCAUGUGCUCCACUCAUGUGCUCCACUCAUGUGCUCCACUCAUGUGCUCCACUCAUGUGCUCCACUCAUGUGCUCCACUCAUGUGCUCCACUCAUGUGCUCCACUCAUGUGCUCCACUCAUGUGCUCCACUCAUGUGCUCCACUCAUGUGCUCCACUCAUGUGCUCCACUCAUGUGCUCCACUCAUGUGCUCCACUCAUGUGCUCCACUCAUGUGCUCCACUCAUGUGCUCCACUCAUGUGCUCCACUCAUGUGCUCCACUCAUGUGCUCCACUCAUGUGCUCCACUCAUGUGCUCCACUCAUGUGCUCCACUCAUGUGCUCCACUCAUGUGCUCCACUCAUGUGCUCCACUCAUGUGCUCCACUCAUGUGCUCCACUCAUGUGCUCCACUCAUGUGCUCCACUCAUGUGCUCCACUCAUGUGCUCCACUCAUGUGCUCCACUCAUGUGCUCCACUCAUGUGCUCCACUCAUGUGCUCCACUCAUGUGCUCCACUCAUGUGCUCCACUCAUGUGCUCCACUCAUGUGCUCCACUCAUGUGCUCCACUCAUGUGCUCCACUCAUGUGCUCCACUCAUGUGCUCCACUCAUGUGCUCCACUCAUGUGCUCCACUCAUGUGCUCCACUCAUGUGCUCCACUCAUGUGCUCCACUCAUGUGCUCCUCUCAUGUGCUCCACUCAUGAGCUCCUCCACUCAUGUGCUCCACUCAUGUGCUCCACUCAUGUGCUCCACUCAUGUGCUCCACUCAUGUGCUCCACUCAUGUGCUCCACUCAUGUGCUCCACUCAUGUGCUCCACUCAUGUGCUCCACUCAUGUGCUCCACUCAUGUGCUCCACUCAUGUGCUCCACUCAUGUGCUCCACUCAUGUGCUCCACUCAUGUGCUCCACUCAUGUGCUCCACUCAUGUGCUCCACUCAUGUGCUCCACUCAUGUGCUCCACUCAUGUGCUCCACUCAUGUGCUCCACUCAUGUGCUCCACUCAUGUGCUCCACUCAUGUGCUCCACUCAUGUGCUCCACUCAUGUGCUCCACUCAUGUGCUCCACUCAUGUGCUCCACUCAUGUGCUCCACUCAUGUGCUCCACUCAUGUGCUCCACUCAUGUGCUCCACUCAUGUGCUCCACUCAUGUGCUCCACUCAUGUGCUCCACUCAUGUGCUCCACUCAUGUGCUCCACUCAUGUGCUCCACUCAUGUGCUCCACUCAUGUGCUCCACUCAUGUGCUCCACUCAUGUGCUCCACUCAUGUGCUCCACUCAUGUGCUCCACUCAUGUGCUCCACUCAUGUGCUCCACUCAUGUGCUCCACUCAUGUGCUCCACUCAUGUGCUCCACUCAUGUGCUCCACUCAUGUGCUCCACUCAUGUGCUCCACUCAUGUGCUCCACUCAUGUGCUCCACUCAUGUGCUCCACUCAUGUGCUCCACUCAUGUGCUCCACUCAUGUGCUCCACUCAUGUGCUCCACUCAUGUGCUCCACUCAUGUGCUCCACUCAUGUGCUCCACUCAUGUGCUCCACUCAUGUGCUCCACUCAUGUGCUCCACUCAUGUGCUCCACUCAUGUGCUCCACUCAUGUGCUCCACUCAUGUGCUCCACUCAUGUGCUCCACUCAUGUGCUCCACUCAUGUGCUCCACUCAUGUGCUCCACUCAUGUGCUCCACUCAUGUGCUCCACUCAUGUGCUCCACUCAUGUGCUCCACUCAUGUGCUCCACUCAUGUGCUCCACUCAUGUGCUCCACUCAUGUGCUCCACUCAUGUGCUCCACUCAUGUGCUCCACUCAUGUGCUCCACUCAUGUGCUCCACUCAUGUGCUCCACUCAUGUGCUCCACUCAUGUGCUCCACUCAUGUGCUCCACUCAUGUGCUCCACUCAUGUGCUCCACUCAUGUGCUCCACUCAUGUGCUCCACUCAUGUGCUCCACUCAUGUGCUCCACUCAUGUGCUCCACUCAUGUGCUCCACUCAUGUGCUCCACUCAUGUGCUCCACUCAUGUGCUCCACUCAUGUGCUCCUCUCAUGUGCUCCAGUGCUCCACUCAUGUGCUCCACUCAUGUGCUCCACUCAUGUGCUCCACUCAUGUGCUCCACUCAUGUGCUCCACUCAUGUGCUCCACUCAUGUGCUCCACUCAUGUGCUCCACUCAUGUGCUCCACUCAUGUGCUCCACUCAUGUGCUCCACUCAUGUGCUCCACUCAUGUGCUCCACUCAUGUGCUCCACUCAUGUGCUCCACUCAUGUGCUCCACUCAUGUGCUCCACUCAUGUGCUCCACUCAUGUGCUCCACUCAUGUGCUCCACUCAUGUGCUCCACUCAUGUGCUCCACUCAUGUGCUCCACUCAUGUGCUCCACUCAUGUGCUCCACUCAUGUGCUCCACUCAUGUGCUCCACUCAUGUGCUCCACUCAUGUGCUCCACUCAUGUGCUCCACUCAUGUGCUCCACUCAUGUGCUCCACUCAUGUGCUCCACUCAUGUGCUCCACUCAUGUGCUCCACUCAUGUGCUCCACUCAUGUGCUCCACUCAUGUGCUCCACUCAUGUGCUCCACUCAUGUGCUCCACUCAUGUGCUCCACUCAUGUGCUCCACUCAUGUGCUCCACUCAUGUGCUCCACUCAUGUGCUCCACUCAUGUGCUCCACUCAUGUGCUCCACUCAUGUGCUCCACUCAUGUGCUCCACUCAUGUGCUCCACUCAUGUGCUCCACUCAUGUGCUCCACUCAUGUGCUCCACUCAUGUGCUCCACUCAUGUGCUCCACUCAUGUGCUCCACUCAUGUGCUCCACUCAUGUGCUCCACUCAUGUGCUCCACUCAUGUGCUCCACUCAUGUGCUCAUCUCAUGUGCUCCACUCAUGUGCUCCACUCAUGUGCUCCACUCAUGUGCUCCACUCAUGUGCUCCACUCAUGUGCUCCACUCAUGUGCUCCACUCAUGUGCUCCACUCAUGUGCUCCACUCAUGUGCUCCACUCAUGUGCUCCACUCAUGUGCUCCACUCAUGUGCUCCUCUCAUGUGCUCCUUUCAUGUGCUCCACUCAUGUGCUCCACUCAUGUGCUCCACUCAUGUGCUCCACUCAUGUGCUCCACUCAUGUGCUCCACUCAUGUGCUCCACUCAUGUGCUCCACUCAUGUGCUCCACUCAUGUGCUCCACUCAUGUGCUCCACUCAUGUGCUCCACUCAUGUGCUCCACUCAUGUGCUCCACUCAUGUGCUCCACUCAUGUGCUCCACUCAUGUGCUCCACUCAUGUGCUCCACUCAUGUGCUCCACUCAUGUGCUCCACUCAUGUGCUCCACUCAUGUGCUCCACUCAUGUGCUCCACUCAUGUGCUCCACUCAUGUGCUCCACUCAUGUGCUCCACUCAUGUGCUCCACUCAUGUGCUCCACUCAUGUGCUCCUCUUAUGUGCUCCACUCAUGUGCUCCACUCAUGUGCUCCACUCAUGUGCUCCACUCAUGUGCUCCACUCAUGUGCUCCUCUCAUGUGCUCCACUCAUGAGCUCCUCCACUCAUGUGCUCCACUCAUGUGCUCCACUCAUGUGCUCCACUCAUGUGCUCCACUCAUGUGCUCCACUCAUGUGCUCCACUCAUGUGCUCCACUCAUGUGCUCCACUCAUGUGCUCCACUCAUGUGCUCCACUCAUGUGCUCCACUCAUGUGCUCCACUCAUGUGCUCCACUCAUGUGCUCCACUCAUGUGCUCCACUCAUGUGCUCCACUCAUGUGCUCCUCACAUGUGCUCCACUCAUGUGCUCCACUCAUGUGCUCCACUCAUGUGCUCCACUCAUGUGCUCCACUCAUGUGCUCCACUCAUGUGCUCCACUCAUGUGCUCCACUCAUGUGCUCCACUCAUGUGCUCCACUCAUGUGCUCCACUCAUGUGCUCCACUCAUGUGCUCCACUCAUGUGCUCCACUCAUGUGCUCCACUCAUGUGCUCCACUCAUGUGCUCCACUCAUGUGCUCCACUCAUGUGCUCCACUCAUGUGCUCCACUCAUGUGCUCCACUCAUGUGCUCCACUCAUGUGCUCCACUCAUGUGCUCCACUCAUGUGCUCCACUCAUGUGCUCCACUCAUGUGCUCCACUCAUGUGCUCCACUCAUGUGCUCCACUCAUGUGCUCCACUCAUGUGCUCCACUCAUGUGCUCCACUCAUGUGCUCCACUCAUGUGCUCCACUCAUGUGCUCCACUCAUGUGCUCCACUCAUGUGCUCCACUCAUGUGCUCCACUCAUGUGCUCCACUCAUGUGCUCCACUCAUGUGCUCCACUCAUGUGCUCCACUCAUGUGCUCCACUCAUGUGCUCCACUCAUGUGCUCCACUCAUGUGCUCCACUCAUGUGCUCCACUCAUGUGCUCCACUCAUGUGCUCCACUCAUGUGCUCCACUCAUGUGCUCCACUCAUGUGCUCCACUCAUGUGCUCCACUCAUGUGCUCCACUCAUGUGCUCCACUCAUGUGCUCCACUCAUGUGCUCCACUCAUGUGCUCCACUCAUGUGCUCCACUCAUGUGCUCCACUCAUGUGCUCCACUCAUGUGCUCCACUCAUGUGCUCCACUCAUGUGCUCCACUCAUGUGCUCCACUCAUGUGCUCCACUCAUGUGCUCCACUCAUGUGCUCCACUCAUGUGCUCCACUCAUGUGCUCCACUCAUGUGCUCCACUCAUGUGCUCCUCUCAUGUGCUCCAGUGCUCCACUCAUGUGCUCCACUCAUGUGCUCCACUCAUGUGCUCCACUCAUGUGCUCCACUCAUGUGCUCCACUCAUGUGCUCCACUCAUGUGCUCCACUCAUGUGCUCCACUCAUGUGCUCCACUCAUGUGCUCCACUCAUGUGCUCCACUCAUGUGCUCCACUCAUGUGCUCCACUCAUGUGCUCCACUCAUGUGCUCCACUCAUGUGCUCCACUCAUGUGCUCCACUCAUGUGCUCCACUCAUGUGCUCCACUCAUGUGCUCCACUCAUGUGCUCCACUCAUGUGCUCCACUCAUGUGCUCCACUCAUGUGCUCCACUCAUGUGCUCCACUCAUGUGCUCCACUCAUGUGCUCCACUCAUGUGCUCCACUCAUGUGCUCCACUCAUGUGCUCCACUCAUGUGCUCCACUCAUGUGCUCCACUCAUGUGCUCCACUCAUGUGCUCCACUCAUGUGCUCCACUCAUGUGCUCCACUCAUGUGCUCCACUCAUGUGCUCCACUCAUGUGCUCCACUCAUGUGCUCCACUCAUGUGCUCCACUCAUGUGCUCCACUCAUGUGCUCCACUCAUGUGCUCCACUCAUGUGCUCCACUCAUGUGCUCCACUCAUGUGCUCCACUCAUGUGCUCCACUCAUGUGCUCCACUCAUGUGCUCCACUCAUGUGCUCCACUCAUGUGCUCCACUCAUGUGCUCCACUCAUGUGCUCCACUCAUGUGCUCCACUCAUGUGCUCCACUCAUGUGCUCCACUCAUGUGCUCCACUCAUGUGCUCCACUCAUGUGCUCCACUCAUGUGCUCCACUCAUGUGCUCCACUCAUGUGCUCCACUCAUGUGCUCCACUCAUGUGCUCCACUCAUGUGCUCCACUCAUGUGCUCCACUCAUGUGCUCCACUCAUGUGCUCCACUCAUGUGCUCCACUCAUGUGCUCCACUCAUGUGCUCCACUCAUGUGCUCCUCUCAUGUGCUCCAGUGCUCCACUCAUGUGCUCCACUCAUGUGCUCCACUCAUGUGCUCCACUCAUGUGCUCCACUCAUGUGCUCCACUCAUGUGCUCCACUCAUGUGCUCCACUCAUGUGCUCCACUCAUGUGCUCCACUCAUGUGCUCCACUCAUGUGCUCCACUCAUGUGCUCCACUCAUGUGCUCCACUCAUGUGCUCCACUCAUGUGCUCCACUCAUGUGCUCCACUCAUGUGCUCCACUCAUGUGCUCCACUCAUGUGCUCCACUCAUGUGCUCCACUCAUGUGCUCCACUCAUGUGCUCCACUCAUGUGCUCCACUCAUGUGCUCCACUCAUGUGCUCCACUCAUGUGCUCCACUCAUGUGCUCCACUCAUGUGCUCCACUCAUGUGCUCCACUCAUGUGCUCCACUCAUGUGCUCCACUCAUGUGCUCCACUCAUGUGCUCCACUCAUGUGCUCCACUCAUGUGCUCCACUCAUGUGCUCCACUCAUGUGCUCCACUCAUGUGCUCCACUCAUGUGCUCCACUCAUGUGCUCCACUCAUGUGCUCCACUCAUGUGCUCCACUCAUGUGCUCCACUCAUGUGCUCCACUCAUGUGCUCCACUCAUGUGCUCCACUCAUGUGCUCCACUCAUGUGCUCCACUCAUGUGCUCCACUCAUGUGCUCCACUCAUGUGCUCCACUCAUGUGCUCCACUCAUGUGCUCCACUCAUGUGCUCCACUCAUGUGCUCCACUCAUGUGCUCCACUCAUGUGCUCCACUCAUGUGCUCCACUCAUGUGCUCCACUCAUGUGCUCCACUCAUGUGCUCCACUCAUGUGCUCCACUCAUGUGCUCCACUCAUGUGCUCCACUCAUGUGCUCCACUCAUGUGCUCCACUCAUGUGCUCCACUCAUGUGCUCCACUCAUGUGCUCCACUCAUGUGCUCCACUCAUGUGCUCCACUCAUGUGCUCCACUCAUGUGCUCCACUCAUGAGCUCCUCCACUCAUGUGCUCCACUCAUGUGCUCCACUCAUGUGCUCCACUCAUGUGCUCCACUCAUGUGCUCCACUCAUGUGCUCCACUCAUGUGCUCCACUCAUGUGCUCCACUCAUGUGCUCCACUCAUGUGCUCCACUCAUGUGCUCCACUCAUGUGCUCCACUCAUGUGCUCCACUCAUGUGCUCCACUCAUGUGCUCCACUCAUGUGCUCCACUCAUGUGCUCCUCACAUGUGCUCCACUCAUGUGCUCCACUCAUGUGCUCCACUCAUGUGCUCCACUCAUGUGCUCCACUCAUGUGCUCCACUCAUGUGCUCCACUCAUGUGCUCCACUCAUGUGCUCCACUCAUGUGCUCCACUCAUGUGCUCCACUCAUGUGCUCCACUCAUGUGCUCCACUCAUGUGCUCCACUCAUGUGCUCCACUCAUGUGCUCCACUCAUGUGCUCCACUCAUGUGCUCCACUCAUGUGCUCCACUCAUGUGCUCCACUCAUGUGCUCCACUCAUGUGCUCCACUCAUGUGCUCCACUCAUGUGCUCCACUCAUGUGCUCCACUCAUGUGCUCCACUCAUGUGCUCCACUCAUGUGCUCCACUCAUGUGCUCCACUCAUGUGCUCCACUCAUGUGCUCCACUCAUGUGCUCCACUCAUGUGCUCCACUCAUGUGCUCCACUCAUGUGCUCCACUCAUGUGCUCCACUCAUGUGCUCCACUCAUGUGCUCCACUCAUGUGCUCCACUCAUGUGCUCCACUCAUGUGCUCCACUCAUGUGCUCCACUCAUGUGCUCCACUCAUGUGCUCCACUCAUGUGCUCCACUCAUGUGCUCCACUCAUGUGCUCCACUCAUGUGCUCCACUCAUGUGCUCCACUCAUGUGCUCCACUCAUGUGCUCCACUCAUGUGCUCCACUCAUGUGCUCCACUCAUGUGCUCCACUCAUGUGCUCCACUCAUGUGCUCCACUCAUGUGCUCCACUCAUGUGCUCCACUCAUGUGCUCCACUCAUGUGCUCCACUCAUGUGCUCCACUCAUGUGCUCCACUCAUGUGCUCCACUCAUGUGCUCCACUCAUGUGCUCCACUCAUGUGCUCCACUCAUGUGCUCCACUCAUGUGCUCCACUCAUGUGCUCCACUCAUGUGCUCCACUCAUGUGCUCCACUCAUGUGCUCCACUCAUGUGCUCCACUCAUGUGCUCCACUCAUGUGCUCCACUCAUGUGCUCCACUCAUGUGCUCCACUCAUGUGCUCCACUCAUGUGCUCCACUCAUGUGCUCCACUCAUGUGCUCCACUCAUGUGCUCCACUCAUGUGCUCCACUCAUGUGCUCCACUCAUGUGCUCCACUCAUGUGCUCCACUCAUGUGCUCCACUCAUGUGCUCCACUCAUGUGCUCCACUCAUGUGCUCCACUCAUGUGCUCCACUCAUGUGCUCCACUCAUGUGCUCCACUCAUGUGCUCCACUCAUGUGCUCCACUCAUGUGCUCCACUCAUGUGCUCCACUCAUGUGCUCCACUCAUGUGCUCCACUCAUGUGCUCCACUCAUGUGCUCCACUCAUGUGCUCCACUCAUGUGCUCCACUCAUGUGCUCCACUCAUGUGCUCCACUCAUGUGCUCCACUCAUGUGCUCCACUCAUGUGCUCCACUCAUGUGCUCCACUCAUGUGCUCCACUCAUGUGCUCCACUCAUGUGCUCCACUCAUGUGCUCCACUCAUGUGCUCCACUCAUGUGCUCCACUCAUGUGCUCCACUCAUGUGCUCCACUCAUGUGCUCCACUCAUGUGCUCCACUCAUGUGCUCCACUCAUGUGCUCCACUCAUGUGCUCCACUCAUGUGCUCCACUCAUGUGCUCCACUCAUGUGCUCCACUCAUGUGCUCCACUCAUGUGCUCCACUCAUGUGCUCCACUCAUGUGCUCCACUCAUGUGCUCCACUCAUGUGCUCCACUCAUGUGCUCCACUCAUGUGCUCCACUCAUGUGCUCCUCUCAUGUGCUCCAGUGCUCCACUCAUGUGCUCCACUCAUGUGCUCCACUCAUGUGCUCCACUCAUGUGCUCCACUCAUGUGCUCCACUCAUGUGCUCCACUCAUGUGCUCCACUCAUGUGCUCCACUCAUGUGCUCCACUCAUGUGCUCCACUCAUGUGCUCCACUCAUGUGCUCCACUCAUGUGCUCCACUCAUGUGCUCCACUCAUGUGCUCCACUCAUGUGCUCCACUCAUGUGCUCCACUCAUGUGCUCCACUCAUGUGCUCCACUCAUGUGCUCCACUCAUGUGCUCCACUCAUGUGCUCCACUCAUGUGCUCCACUCAUGUGCUCCACUCAUGUGCUCCACUCAUGUGCUCCACUCAUGUGCUCCACUCAUGUGCUCCACUCAUGUGCUCCACUCAUGUGCUCCACUCAUGUGCUCCACUCAUGUGCUCCACUCAUGUGCUCCACUCAUGUGCUCCACUCAUGUGCUCCACUCAUGUGCUCCACUCAUGUGCUCCACUCAUGUGCUCCACUCAUGUGCUCCACUCAUGUGCUCCACUCAUGUGCUCCACUCAUGUGCUCCACUCAUGUGCUCCACUCAUGUGCUCCACUCAUGUGCUCCACUCAUGUGCUCCACUCAUGUGCUCCACUCAUGUGCUCCACUCAUGUGCUCCACUCAUGUGCUCCACUCAUGUGCUCCACUCAUGUGCUCCACUCAUGUGCUCCACUCAUGUGCUCCACUCAUGUGCUCCACUCAUGUGCUCCACUCAUGUGCUCCACUCAUGUGCUCCACUCAUGUGCUCCACUCAUGUGCUCCACUCAUGUGCUCCACUCAUGUGCUCCACUCAUGUGCUCCACUCAUGUGCUCCACUCAUGUGCUCCACUCAUGUGCUCCACUCAUGUGCUCCACUCAUGUGCUCCACUCAUGUGCUCCACUCAUGUGCUCCACUCAUGUGCUCCACUCAUGUGCUCCACUCAUGUGCUCCACUCAUGUGCUCCACUCAUGUGCUCCACUCAUGUGCUCCACUCAUGUGCUCCACUCAUGUGCUCCACUCAUGUGCUCCACUCAUGUGCUCCACUCAUGUGCUCCACUCAUGUGCUCCACUCAUGUGCUCCACUCAUGUGCUCCACUCAUGUGCUCCACUCAUGUGCUCCACUCAUGUGCUCCACUCAUGUGCUCCACUCAUGUGCUCCACUCAUGUGCUCCACUCAUGUGCUCCACUCAUGUGCUCCACUCAUGUGCUCCACUCAUGUGCUCCUCUCAUGUGCUCCUCUCAUGUGCUCCACUCAUGUGUUCCUCUCAUGUGCUCCACUCAUGUGCUCCACUCAUGUGCUCCACUCAUGUGCUCCACUCAUGUGCUCCACUCAUGUGCUCCUCUCGUGUGCUCCACUCAUGUGCUCCACUCAUGUGCUCCACUCAUGUGCUCCACUCAUGUGCUCCACUCAUGUGCUCCACUCAUGUGCUCCACUCAUGUGCUCCACUCAUGUGCUCCACUCAUGUGCUCCACUCAUGUGCUCCACUCAUGUGCUCCACUCAUGUGCUCCACUCAUGUGCUCCACUCAUGUGCUCCACUCAUGUGCUCCACUCAUGUGCUCCACUCAUGUGCUCCACUCAUGUGCUCCACUCAUGUGCUCCACUCAUGUGCUCCACUCAUGUGCUCCACUCAUGUGCUCCACUCAUGUGCUCCACUCAUGUGCUCCACUCAUGUGCUCCACUCAUGUGCUCCACUCAUGUGCUCCACUCAUGUGCUCCACUCAUGUGCUCCACUCAUGUGCUCCACUCAUGUGCUCCACUCAUGUGCUCCACUCAUGUGCUCCACUCAUGUGCUCCACUCAUGUGCUCCACUCAUGUGCUCCACUCAUGUGCUCGUCUCAUGUGCUCCACUCAUGUGCUCCACUCAUGUGCUCCACUCAUGUGCUCCACUCAUGUGCUCCACUCAUGUGCUCCUCUCGUGUGCUCCACUCAUGUGCUCCACUCAUGUGCUCCACUCAUGUGCUCCACUCAUGUGCUCCACUCAUGUGCUCCACUCAUGUGUUCCACUCAUGUUCUCCUCUCAUGUGCUCCACUCAUGUGCUCCACUCAUGUGCUCCACUCAUGUGCUCCACUCAUGUGCUCCACUCAUGUGCUCCACUCAUGUGCUCCACUCAUGUGCUCCACUCAUGUGCUCCACUCAUGUGCUCCACUCAUGUGCUCCACUCAUGUGCUCCACUCAUGUGCUCCACUCAUGUGCUCCACUCAUGUGCUCCACUCAUGUGCUCCACUCAUGUGCUCCACUCAUGUGCUCCACUCAUGUGCUCCACUCAUGUGCUCCACUCAUGUGCUCCACUCAUGUGCUCCACUCAUGUGCUCCACUCAUGUGCUCCACUCAUGUGCUCCACUCAUGUGCUCCACUCAUGUGCUCCACUCAUGUGCUCCACUCAUGUGCUCCACUCAUGUGCUCCACUCAUGUGCUCCACUCAUGUGCUCCACUCAUGUGCUCCACUCAUGUGCUCCACUCAUGUGCUCCACUCAUGUGCUCCACUCAUGUGCUCCACUCAUGUGCUCCACUCAUGUGCUCCUUUCAUGUGCUCCACUCAUGUGCUCCACUCAUGUGCUCCACUCAUGUGCUCCACUCAUGUGCUCCACUCAUGUGCUCCACUCAUGUGCUCCACUCAUGUGCUCCACUCAUGUGCUCCACUCAUGUGCUCCACUCAUGUGCUCCACUCAUGUGCUCCACUCAUGUGCUCCACUCAUGUGCUCCACUCAUGUGCUCCACUCAUGUGCUCCACUCAUGUGCUCCACUCAUGUGCUCCACUCAUGUGCUCCACUCAUGUGCUCCACUCAUGUGCUCCACUCAUGUGCUCCACUCAUGUGCUCCACUCAUGUGCUCCACUCAUGUGCUCCACUCAUGUGCUCCACUCAUGUGCUCCACUCAUGUGCUCCACUCAUGUGCUCCACUCAUGCGCUCCUCUCAUGCGCUCCCCUCCUCUCUCACACCACACGCCAGGAAGGUGGGAGGGGGUGUGAGGCAGGGAGCGCUGGUGUGUGGGGACGGCAUGCUGGUGAGCUACGCGUGGAAGCGCCACAUCGCUGCUCAUGCUGCCACCACCGCUGCCAAGCGCACUGGAGUCGCCCUCGCAGCAUUUCAGCGCCACAGGCAGCGCUGCUUCCCGGCCCUCGCGCCGCCGCGUCUCACGCUUGCUGCACUCGCCCGCCACCUCGCCCAGCGACCCACAGCCUGCCUUGCUGCCCCCGGUGCGGCCCAUGCCACAGCACCUACUCCUGCUGGUCAUGGCGCGCCUGCAGUCGCGCUGCACGACGGGCCCACCAGUGCUGGCGCUGCUGAGGCUGCUGCUGGCGGCUCCGCUGCCCCGACUGCUGAUGCUGCUGGCGGCAGUGCGGGUGUGAAGGUGGAAGGGGCAACAGUGGCUGGGGGAGAAGGGGCGGGAGGUGGGGAGGGAAAAGGGCAAGUGGAGGCAGCAGGCGCAGGUGCAACUGGCCAAGGCACGUGUGCUGCCACCGAUACCUCUGCCCCUGCUGUUGCUGCAACAAGCUUGGAAGGAGCAGCAGAAGGCACCUCUGUCAACACAGGUGCUUCUGGGGAAGGUACAUCUGCCGCCGCUGCUGAUACACCCGCUGCCGCUUCCGAACCUGGCCGCGAUGGUCCGGGACCAGGGUUGGGCCGAGCCACCCCAUCAGCAGGCUUGGGGGUGAUGGGGGCGCUAGGUGCGGUUGGACUGGGUCGGGGGAGGGUCGGGGGACUGGUUCGGGGCCUUGGGGCGUUUGGGCGGAUGGGGGGAAUAGGAGGCAGUAUAGGGGGGAGUAUCGGGGGAAUAAGGGCAGGGGUGGGGGGAGGGAAUGCGAUGGAGGCGGAUGACCUGGGGGGGGGCGACGAGAUGAUGAUGCUGGGGGGGGACUUUGGCGGCGAUGACAUGGACGUGGAUGGGCGCGGCGCGGGCGAUGGGGGGGACGGAGGUGGUGCACGGGGCGGGGGACAGGGGGAAGUAGGAGGAGCGGGGGGAGAGGGAAUAGUAGGGGAGAGGAGUGAAGGGGAGAGGCCAGUUUCUGCUGCUGGGGAAGGAGGUAGGCUAGAGGGCGACGGGGGUGGGGCGGAACAAGCGGAGGGGGUAGUGGCGAGGGGAGGUGAAUGGGAGAGUGAAAUUCCACGCUCUGGGAGCGAAUUACCAGAUGCGCACUCCUACAAGUGGUCACAUGCAUGUGAGGCUGUGCUAUGUAUCAUCAGGGAAGUAUGGAUGCAUUCAGCAUUUGAGUUUGUGCCUUGCAAAAUCGUGCAAUUCAUACUUUAA